ACUCACCUUCACACUUCACAACAAACCAAACUACAAACACUAAGAAAAAAAAAACAGAGAAAAAUAGAAAAACAGAGCAAGAGAAUUUAUUUUUAUUUUAUAAAAAAAUUAACAGAGUAAUCUUUGUUGUUUCUUCAUCAAAUUGUACUAAAAGGAAAUUUUAUUUGAAUUUUAUCUCUCAAUCUCUCUAAGAACAUAAAAAGAGAGGGAGAGAUGUCAGCAAGCUACAACAGUUGCCAAACAAGCCUCUAUAAAAUGAAUGAAAAUCAUGAUUUAAUCCAAAACCCAGUUGAAAAACAGAGCAUAGUUUCUAUACUUAGCUCUGAUUUCAACUUAACCCAGAACAACAAUUCAUGUUUCUCCAUUAGAAGAACCUUAUCAUCCACUGAUAUGUCUUCCCCUAAAUGGCUAGCAAACAAUGGAUUGUCAUUGAAAAGGGUUCAAUCUUCACAGCAAUUACAAGUCUUGGGAGAAUCAGAUGGUCAUCAUCAUGAUCAUGAACAUGAUAACAACAACAACAAAGGAGCUGCAUUUGAGCAAAUUUGGAGCUCAAUUCAAGCUGAUAAAAGGAGUUGGAAUAGUAUUCUAUCUCCGUUAAAUAAUGACGGAUCCGGAUCUGGUGCUGAUUCACUCACACCAUAUGUUCACCCCCUGACAAAGCGUUCAACAAGCUCACUCAGUGAGAAGAGUCUAGAGAUAUGUACUGAGAGUCUCGGGUCAGAAACCGGGUCUGAUGGAUUCUCUUACUCUUCAUCCGAGGGUGAAGAUCUGUCUGACAAAGAGCAAGAUAAGGAGGAAACCAUUAAAGAAGAAUACAGUAUUUCCAUCAGGUGCAACAAUGCAGAAAUGGGUAGUUUUAAGUACAGUAGUACUAAUAAGAGGUCGUCAAUGAUGGCCCCACCAAGCCGACCAUCUUUCCCACCACCACUUCCAUCAUUAUCUCACCGAGAUGAUGGAUCUAACCUCCACAUCAGGUCUCGCCGUCAAGACGGCCGCCUUGUGGUGGAGGCUGUUUCUGUCCCUAAUAACAACUGUUUCCGGGCCCAACGACAAGAUGGACGCCUUCUCCUUACUCUCGCUAUAAAUAACAAUGGCGAUGAGGAUGCAAACAGUGUCGAGGAGGAAGAAAAAGAAACAACAGAUGAGUCGUUGAUCCUACAAAAACCAUGUCCAACACUAACAAUGAGCAAGCUAACAGUUUUAACCAAAACCCGAAAUUAUAACACAACCAUAAUCAAAACUCUCGACGAAUACGAAGAAAAAGAUGCAACUCAUCAUCAGGUGACGACGACAGUGACAGCAAAAAGUCUUCCGGCAACAAUAAAGACGGCCACCGUGGCAACCGCCACAAUGAACGCAUAUGAAUAUUACUGGCGCCGGAGUACGACAGCCAUGGCUGUGCUCAAACCAUUUGCAGGAAAGAAUAAUAAUAAGAACAUUAUUUAUGGUGCAGAAUUGGGAAAAGAUGAUAAAAAAAAGAACAACAAGAAAAUGAUAAUUGCCGCCCACAAUAGAAAAGACAAAGAAGAAGAAGAAGACGAAGAAGAAGAUGAAGAAGAAGUGGUGGUAGUGAAAGCUGGUGGAAGAAGAAGAGGAUCAGAGGAAAAGGAAGAGUAUCUUGUUCCUUUUAUGUUUAAAGGUUGUAAACAACACAGGAAAUCACUCUUCUUCUUUCAGCCUUAUUGCAUUGCUACCUCUUAAUUGCAUUUUCUCAUCACUAAUUUAUCCACUUCUUACAAUAAUUAAUCAUUA